AUGGGAACAACUAAAAGACGAUCUGAUACAAUAGAUGAAGAUAUCAAUAGAACAAAAGUUUUAAAGCUGGAAGAUACAAAUAAUAAAGUAAUUUCCAAUGAUACAUAUGUUAAUAAUUGUUCAAAAAAUUCAACUUCUGAUAGUGAUGAUAAUUUAAAUGUUGAAAUGAUUUUUGGGAAAAAUAACAAUUCUGAUCAUUCAUCAAAUUAUGAUAUUGAAGAUUAUUAUGAAUUUAGUUCACAAAGUAUUGCGGAUGAUAAUUUUACAAGUGAAAGUUCGUCUAGUGAAUCUAUAAACGAAAAAGAUAUGGAGGAAAAUGAAACUGAGGCAAAAUCAAUUUCAAAAAAACAUGGUACUCCUGAAGGUACUCCUAAAAAUCCUAUGUGUACUGAAAGUAAAAUGAAAAAUAUCAAACUUUUCCGAAAUAAAAAUAAAAAUGAACAAGAAGUGGAAAGGAAUGAAAUGAUUCAAGACAAUAUUUUGAAUAAUACAACAGCAACAAUGGAAGACAAUGAAAAUGAUGAAAUAAUUGUUAAUAAGAAUCAAGGAACAAGUACACAACAUGAAGAAAAUAAUAGGAUCUUAACAUUAGUCCCAUAUGGUUUAUAUGUAUAUGAUGUGGAGUAUGAAGAUAUGAAGGCUGAAGUAUCUGAUAAUAAUACAGUGAAAAUAACCUUAUUAAAUACUGUUGGAACAAAUAUAAUGUCCGAGGUUAUUGAAAAAAUGCCAUCUGAUCCAUAUUUUGAGUGGGAUGUAACUCAGGAACGUAUGAUGAAUGCACAUUAUUUAAUGAAUACAUUUGAAGCAAGAAAAAAUAGAACUGACAAUGAUCUCCUUACGGCAGUUUUAAUUAAAGGUUCAUUUUUUACUGAUUAUUCUAUUAGGGCUAAUAUUAUUGAAAAAAUUGUUACUAUUACAUUGUAUGGUUGCCAAGAUCAAGACAUUAGCAUAAAAACAUUUCGAAGAUUUUUUAAAAAAGAGUAA